GUCUAUAAGAAGCUGCGGCCGCUUCUCCGACCGCCAGUCCUCUGUGCGAGUUUUGUUAGAGCCGAGGAAGGAGGAGGCAGGGGCUGGGCGCCGUUGCUGCCUCACGAUGCCUUCAAUUAAAUUGCAGAGUUCUGAUGGUGAAAUAUUUGAGGUUGAUGUUGAAAUUGCAAAGCAGUCUGUAACAAUCAAGACUAUGUUGGAAGAUUUGGGGAUGGAUGAUGAAGGGGAUGAUGAUCCUGUUCCCCUUCCAAAUGUUAAUGCAGCUAUAUUAAAAAAGGUGAUCCAGUGGUGCACUCAUCAUAAAGAUGACCCACCUCCCCCUGAGGAUGAUGAGAACAAAGAGAAACGAACAGAUGACAUCCCUGUGUGGGACCAAGAAUUUCUCAAAGUAGACCAAGGGACUCUUUUUGAACUAAUCUUGGCUGCAAACUACUUAGACAUCAAAGGCUUACUUGAUGUGACAUGCAAGACUGUUGCAAAUAUGAUUAAAGGGAAGACACCAGAAGAAAUCCGCAAAACCUUUAAUAUCAAGAAUGACUUUACUGAAGAAGAAGAAGCCCAGGUACGUAAAGAGAACCAGUGGUGUGAAGAGAAAUGAAGUCUUGUGCCUGAUACCUAGCAACACUGUAAGGAUCGUUCCAAAUACCAGUUGCACUGCUCUGUUUAUAAUUGUUAAUAGUAGACAAAUGCAGCAGCAAAUGAAGUUGUAUUAGUAGGGUGUUGUUCCCCUUGCAUGUGUAAUGUUUGAAUAUAGAUUUAAAUCCUAUGGUUCAAUUUUUACCAAUGUAAUCUGAUGUCCUUACUUUUCCUCCGCUCUGAAUAAAACUGAACUAAAUGUGGACUCUGUAUGGCACUUAGCACUGCUAACUAGCUGUUCCAUGGUUUUAAAUGUAUCAUUGUAACACUAAAAUAUGCAGGAUGUCAGAAAUUGAGAAACCUCUGGCAUUGUAAAUAAAACCACUUGUAAAAGUUUUCUGAAACACAAUUAAUGAAGCCUGUUUUCAUUCACAGAAUACUGGCUUCUUAGAACUGCAAAAUGUGUUGGAAAAAUCUCUUGGAAGAAUUGUUUAAAUUUCUUCCAUUCAGCAUCUUUUUUUGUUGGUGACCCAGCUACCAACAGACCUUGUUAACUUCACUUGCUCAAGGUCAAUUCUGAUAGUGUAGAUUUGCGCAAGCAGCAAAACCAGCUCAAUUAAGCCCCUCUUACAGCCAGAUAACAAAGAUUAUGCUCCUUUAUGGAAAUUGCAAUUAUGUGUUUAUUCCCCCAAAGCCAACAGACUAAGUUUAGGAUGUGAUCAAAAGCAGACUAACGAAGUUAAUAUUUCUUGGACAUUGAAUAUAGGUGCCUGCUACUAGGCAAAUUAUAUUUUCCUAAAGAUUUUUGAAAUGCUAUGUAUUUCUGUGGAAGUCUUAGCCUGUAUUGUUUUUCAUGAACUCUUGAGUUGUCACUUUGCAUACUCAGUGUGGUGUUGUGCUGUGUGAUGGUUGUCUAAGAGACAACCGCUUGCAAAUAGCUGAGUCACUUUUCCACUUUUGUAGGUGUAAGGAGGUGAUACACAGUAAGCAGUGAAGUGUGUUCCAUAGCUUGUAUUGUGUUCCAUUUUCUGUGUAUGCACAAUAGAGUAGAAUAAAAUCUUAAUAAAUACUCUGCACUUCAAGGA